CGUCGUCGUAUAAUCUGACCAACGACCUUCUUGCCUUCCACUCAACGUCUGCUCGCAGCAAAAGCGGUAGAUGGUCGAUUAAGCAGCGCACAGAAGUUCCUCCAACAUGGACAAUAGAAACGUCGUGGUUUGCGACAAUGGAACCGGUUAUGUGAAGUGUGGAUUUGCUGGGGAGAAUUUCCCCACCUCGGUGUUCCCUUGCGUAGUUGGUAGGCCCUUGUUACGAUAUGAAGAAUCUCUGGUGGAACAAGAAAUCAAGGAUAUCAUUGUCGGAGAAGCUUGUGCAGAAUUCCGGCAUCAACUGGAUAUAUCAUAUCCUGUUACCAAUGGGAUUGUGCAGAACUGGGAUGAAAUGAGCCAUGUUUGGGACCAUGCAUUUUACAGUGAACUGAAAAUAGACCCAACAGAAUGCAAAAUUCUACUAACAGACCCACCUCUUAAUCCCUCCAAAAACCGAGAAAAAAUGGUGGAGACAAUGUUUGAGAAAUACAACUUUGCUGGCGUCUUCAUUCAAAUCCAAGCGGUUUUAACUUUGUACGCCCAAGGGUUGCUGACUGGAUUAGUCAUCGACUCUGGUGAUGGAGUCACUCAUGUGGUUCCAGUUGUUGAUGGCUAUUCAUUCCCUCAUCUUACUAAGCGAAUGAAUGUAGCUGGACGGCACAUUACUUCCUAUCUCGUUGAUUUACUGUCACGAAGAGGGUAUGCAAUGAAUAGGACUGCUGAUUUUGAGACUGUUAGAGAAAUCAAAGAGAAGCUUUGCUAUAUCAGUUAUGAUUACAAGAGGGAAUAUCAGUUGGGACUUGAGACCACUAUCCUUGUUAAAAAUUAUACACUACCAGAUGGAAGGGUCAUCAAGGUCGGUACUGAACGGUUCCAGGCCCCUGAGGCUCUCUUUACACCAGAACUCAUUGACGUCGAAGGGGACGGAAUGGCUGACAUGGUUUUCCGCUGCAUUCAGGAAAUGGAUAUUGACAAUAGAAUGAUGCUCUACCAGCAUAUAGUGUUGAGUGGAGGGAGCACCAUGUAUCCUGGAUUACCGAGUCGCCUUGAGAAAGAAAUACUGGACCGAUAUCUUGACGUGGUUCUGAAGGGUAACAAGGAUGGGUUAAAGAAACUGCGACUGCGGAUUGAGGAUCCUCCACGAAGAAAGCAUAUGGUAUACCUCGGAGGUGCAGUUCUUGCAGGAAUUAUGAAGGAUGCUCCUGAAUUUUGGAUUAGUAGAGAAGAUUAUCUGGAAGAAGGAAUAGCUUGCCUAAGCAAGUGUGGCCAGGCAUAAAUUUUUCAGCACAGCUUCCAUUCUUUUGUGAAAGGAAAGUUCAGGUAUGCUUACAUCUUGUGUAUAAGUGCAGCGAUAGGCGAAAUGGGAUUUGAUAUACCAUGGACUUUCGGGUGCAUGUUGUAUCCUCAUGAGACUUGAAAUGUAAAUUGUUUCAGUAUAAGAGACCGUAGGUCGGAUUGAACUGCAUUUACUUACUACUGUUAUGCUCUUGUUAAGAGUUGAAAUAUGUCAUUCAUGUGGGAAAUUGUACGCAUGAAUUAUAUAGUUCUCCCUUCCUAUUCUAUCA